AGUCAUACACUUGAUCCACGUCAAUCGCAGCACGGUAAAUGGACCCAUUUUAAUGCCUAGAUAUCUAGUCAGAUAAGAAAGCCGUGCAACUCGGAUUUCGUCAGAUCAAAUCCCGAUCCCAAUCUUGUAUUAUCAGCUCACAAAACAAAACACCAAGUGAAUCAUUUUCUCAUCAGUACAAAAGUCGGCAAUUAAGAUCAUCUUUCCUGGAAGAAGAGCCCAAGAACUCACUCAGUAGAAUCAAAAGAAUUAGCAGUUUAUCGAUCAAGGAGCGAGGGAUCAUUUUACUUUGUUAGGACUAGAGCCAUGACCUCUGUUGGCUCAACAAUUAGAAGCACCGUUCAGUUUCUUAACUGUUCGGAAAACAUUACGAUGAAUUGUACAAAUUUUACGAACGCGUCUUCGACAAGUGCAAGUUUCAUGUCAGAAGAAAAGGAAAGUAUGUGGUCGACAAUAACGAGGAUUACUCUCUGCUGCUUGGUCUUUAUACUCAACCUUCUGGGCAACACCAUGGUAUGUAUCGUAGUUAACCGAAGUCGAAAGCUCAGAAGUUCAAGAAACUACUAUUAUGGUUUAUUCUUGGUAAAUCUCUCAGUGGCUGACAUGACGGUGGCCAUUUUUAUCAUGCCAUUUGUGUUGAUGUUCUAUGAGACUGGCAAGUAUCCCUUUGGAUUUUAUGGGUCUACUGCAGCUUGCAAGCUUAUACCAACACUCAGUCUCAUGUGCCAGGGAGCUUCUAUCUACAGCUUAGCAUCGUUGACUCUGCAGCGGUAUAUCGGGAUUGUUUACCCUCUGAAAGCAAGAUUGACCUUAUUUCGGGUCAAAUUAGUACUGACUUUGGUUUGGUUCUUCGCUUUUUUGAACGCUUUUCCAUUGAUUAUUGUAUCUGAUGGAGUACCAACACCCAAGUACAACCAAUACAGCUGUGACGAAUACUGGCCGAAUGGCUGGCUACGCUUUGGAUACACCUUGUAUCUGUUCCUGUUUGAAUAUCUCGUUCCGUUGGCCAUUAUAUGUAUGACGUAUACCAAGAUGGCACUCGUGCUGUGCAACAGGGAGAAGGAAUUCGAAGGCAUACGGUCAUGUACUAAAAAAACCAAGUGAUAUCCAUAUCCUGCCUACCCUACGCAAGAUGACGGAACAUGUACUUCACACUAGGACGUCUUCAGUGUAACUAGACUCUAGGACCUCGUAAACGAUAUUGAAGGCUUCUUGAACAAGAAUAACACCAAGAUGCGAUAAAAAUCUUAUGAUAAUAAACUACAAAUCCUUCUACGUGCGGUAAUCAGUAAAGCGACCUUGCCUAUCGCUGUCCGUGUUUGCGAUUGUAUGAGAUAUAGACCAUUCACAGAAUACGUGAUCCUCGGCGCGGAAAAGUUUCUCCAAUAACUUUUACUUUACUCUAUAAUUAGUUUGCAUCAAGGAGCAGGGUGUGAUGGCCAAGUCUCACGAUUCAGAGCCUUCUGUUUUAAGAAAGCUUUAGCCAUGAUGCCAGAUUUAAUUGGAAUUUAGAGGAUGAUUCUUGAGGAGGAGACAAAAUGGUGAAACAUCCUUGAAGCACAGAAGGGAACCAACAAGCAACUCUACUAACAUAUGUCAGCGAGUCUGGGUAUUGAAUCCAUGACUACAACAGUGAGGAGGCGUAUUACCAGCGCACUCCAUGUGUGCUUAUAUGUCUCUUCCUCCCCAUAAAAAUUUGUUCCCGGCCUGGUACUGUCCAGAUUUCGUUUCCAUAAAAACGUACAACUGCAUUUUAACACGGCUCAAGAAGAAGUCUCAGAAGUCUCUGGAUUUAAUAGCUGUUACAUUGAACACUUAUUUUUGAUACGUACGAAAUUUGUCGCAAAUGAAAAGUGGAAGGAUGGCCUCUUACGAGAAAAUAAGGUUCUUCUAAAGCUCUUACUAUGCAGUCUAAGAUUGUCGAUGAACUUUUACGCGCCUUUAUGUAGACGUUCCCGUAAGAAAAAUCAGUACACUUCAAUUUAACGUAAAAUUUCAACCUUUUGUGAUUGCACUGAAAAUAUCAAUAUAAGAACUUUUAAAAAAAAUUUAUGGCAUCAAUCAUUUUACGUUUCUUACGAUGGCUUCCACGCACCUUUGACUCAAAGACUUUCCCGCAAAAAAAAAAAAAAAAAAAAAAAAAAAAAAAAAAAAAAAAAAAAAAAAAAAAAAA